GUCUUUUUUUUUUUUUAAUUUCUUUAAGCCCUGAAAAGUCGAAGCUUUUAGUCUGGAGUAAAAUUGGGGAAAUGACGAUCGACGACGAGAGUUCGGUGUACGUGGGAGGACUCCCUUACGACGCCACCGAAGCCUCCAUCCGCCGUGUCUUCAACCUCUACGGAGCCGUCGUCGCCGUUAAGAUUGUUAAUGAUAAGUCAACUAGAGGAAAAUGCUACGGCUUUGUUACUUUUACAAAUCCUCGAUCAGCUUAUGAUGCCAUCGAUGAUAUGAAUGGCAGGACUAUUGGUGGUCGAGUUGUGAGAGUGAAUGAAGUGACCACUAGAGGGGGCAGAUCAAAUUUCAGCCGAGAUCGCUCUAGACGGAGUGAGAGGGAUAGGGGCCGGGAUAGAGAAAGAGAUUAUGAUCGUGAUAGAGAACGGUAUCAGGAUCGAUAUAGUGAUAGGUCUGGAGAGCGUGACCAAUCUCGGGACCAUGAUUCUGGAUGGGAAAGAGGAUACGAGCAUCAUGAUCAUGAUAGGGCUGGGGAAUACUCUUUGGAUAAACAUCAUGACAGAAAUGUGGAGGAUAAUGUGCAAAGAGAAAGCAGGGACCAUAUUCAAGAUUGGGAGAGGGAUGAUGUGAUGAAUUUGGAUCAAGAUAGGGAGAUUGCUGGAACCAAUGGUUAUCAUAGAAGUGUUGAUGAGGAUAAGGAGCAACAACUGAAGAGAUGGAAUGACUCUAUGAGCCAUGAUCAACAUGGCAGAGGGCUUUCAUCAGAUUCAAGUGAUGAUUACAAUCAAAUGAAAAAAGAACUGGAAAAAUCGAUUCAAAGCCGAGAAGAACUUAAAACAGAGAUUUCACUGAUGAAAGGAAGGUUAGAAGAGAGACAACAAAUUGUUUUGGAUUUACAGAAAAAAUCCAAGACCCUGGAGGAUGCAUUGGUUGGUGCAAAGAAGCUCUCUUCACGCCGCAAAAUGCAGUUAACCAAGCUGCAUAAAUGUUUCCUGCAAGUGAAGGAAUAUAGGGAAAAACUUAAAAGCUGCGAACAAGAACUUCAGUCACUUGUUGAUUCAGUAAUGCAAGAAAGUGAAAAUGACGUGGCUGUACAGGGUGGAAGUCUGGCGAAUGGCGUGGCAUGAUUUUGUGUUGAACUUGAAGUUGAGUAAUCAUCUGAUGUGUCAUUCGUUUAAAGAUGCCACGCACCCCUUUACCUUUUGAUUGGAUUACUUGCAACUUUAUGUAAAGAGAGCAUGAGGAGAUUGAAGUACUAUUAAUAUAGCACCUCGAUCCAGACGUAUAUACUGAUAUUUAGAAUGUUAUGAGGCCACACUGUUCUUUAUUAAUCACUACUAUCAUAUCAUCUGCUGGAACAGCGAAUUCUUCUUUGAACAGAUGAUUUGUUAAGACCGGGAUUUAUUAGUAUUUUAUUAUUGACCUUUGGACUUUGGGCCUGUUGCCCAACCCAUAAGACGAGUGCUUUUCGGGCAGAUCUAUGCCCAGCCCAGGGUGUUUUUAUCGGACCCAUGUCUUUUUCCAAGAUGCAGAGAAUUAAUGUAUAGCUUUUGCCCAGGGUAUUUCAUGAAUGAAGUUUAAUAAACGUAUUAAUCCAUAAUAAUAUAGCUUAAUGUAUAUGAUCUAUAUUAAUCCAUCUAUAAGACAACUUUUAUUUUUGUAAUUUUUGUUAUUAUUAAUUUUUUUUCAAAGUUAUUUUAGAAUUAACUAAGGAACCUAGUACCAAGGAAUUAAACAAAAAUUCUAGUUAAACAGAAAGGUUGAAGAAAGUUGAAGUUGAAUGUCAUAAGUGCUUUAACCCCAAUCAGUUGAAAUGUGUUAUCGUGAAAAGGCACUGUUCAGAUUAAACAAGAAAAAGGCAAUGAUCAGAAAAAGCUGCUGAUUAUAUAUGUAUAUUCAAGAAAGUUUAUUUUUAGGGACUGGGUACUUCUGCCCAAGGUGUCAAAGGAAUUUAACACUCACUUUCGG